AUGCGGUGGCUCCUUAACUUAUUAUUCAUAACCCUGCUGGGUCUAGUACAAGGUCUAAGCAGUACUGGGAGCCGAUUGCUGGUUGUCGUCGAAGAAUCAUCUGAAACGGCGAAAUACUCAACGUUCUGGGACGACCUCCAAGAUCGAGGCUACAAGCUCACCUUUGAGUCACCAAAGAAUGACAAGCUUGCCUUGUUCCAGCAUGGGGAGCGAGCUUUCGACCACAUCCUUCUACUCCCCCCAAAGUCGAAAGGGCUGGGCCCUGCGUUAACACCCAAACUUCUACUACAAUUCAUCAACCAAAAUGGCAACAUACUCCUCACCCUCUCCGCCGACUCUCCCACGCCAACCUCCAUCUCCUCCCUCCUUCUUGAAUUAGACAUUCAUCUGCCUCCAGAUCGCGACUCUCUUGUGGUUGAUCACUUCAAUUACGACGCAGCUUCGGCAUCUGAGAAGCAUGAUGUUCUUCUUCUGCCACAAGGCUCCCGCAUACGAUCAGAUGUCAAAAAUUAUUUUGGUGGAGACGGCACAAUUGCAUUCCCUAGAGCGGUAGCCCAAGAACUAGGAAACUCGAGCCCGCUUUUGGCGCCGAUUCUACGAGCGAAGAGCACCGCCUACAGCUACAACCCCAAGGACGAAGCUGAGGUUGUGGAGGAUCCGUUCGCUGUAGGAGAACAGAUUUCACUGGUUUCAAGUAUGCAGGCCAGGAACUCAGCCAGAUUCACGGUCUUUGGGUCUGCUGAAGCGCUCGAGAACAAAUGGUUCGACAGCAAAGUCAAGAGCGUAGAUGGAAAAGACAGCAAGACAGCAAAUCGAGAAUUUGCGAAGCAGAUCACUGCAUGGACUUUCAUGGAACUGGGAGUAUUGAAGGUCGGCAGAGUUGAACACCACCUAAGCACAAUUACAGGAGAUGCAGCUGGCAACGACAGUGUAGCCCAGUUGGGAUAUCUCAAUCCCACAAUCUACCGCGUCAAAAACGACGUAACAUUCAAUAUCGAGGUCUCUGAAUACACUUACGAUCAUCUCAGUCCUCUCAAGGUUGAUGCCUCAGACGCUUUGCAGCUUGAAUUUACCAUGCUUUCGCCCUAUCAUCGUCUCGAUCUUAUACCCAUUUCUCAAACACCUAACAGCACUAUCUUUAGCAGUACCUUCAAGCUUCCAGACCAGCAUGGCAUCUUUUCAUUCCGCGUCAAUUAUAAGCGACCAUUUCUUACCAACGUGGACAUAAAGCGGGAAGUAACGGUCAGACACUUCGCUCACGACGAGUGGCCACGCAGCUGGGAGAUCAGUGCUGGUUGGGUCUGGAUUGCAGGUGUAUGGAUUACAGUUGCCGGGUGGGUGGCUUUUGUGGGAAUCUGGCUGUGGAGCGAGCCUGCCUACGAGCAGAGCAAGGGAAAGAAGAUGCAAUAG